CAGGCACUUGAGGGAGCAGCCUUUCUAUAUUUUUUGUCAUUGUCAAAUUGUUCUUUAUGUAGGUGUAUGUCAAAAACGAUAUCCUAUUAAAGUUCUGAACUUCUGGCAACAUUCUGCAUCAUUUCAGAACGAUUUGUGAAAAAUCGAAAGAAAUGGCGGAUCCAAAAUACGCCGAUUUACCCGGAAUUGCUUACGACCAGCUUGACGUUUACGAGACGAGCGAUUUGCCAGAAUCAGAGCAAAUGCGGAUGUACUGCGAGGAUGAACCUGAUAGCUCUUGCGUGGAACAAUUGCACAUCAGUGCCAAAGAGGCGUUCAACAAGUUUAAGGGCAAACAGAUUGUUGGAAAGCCAGUGGAUUUUUCAGAUCGUUUAUCUAACAAGCCAAGAACAGGCUACAAAUUCGGCGAUUGGGAACUUGUCGGCGAGGGCGAGAAGGAGACUCCUCUUCAAAAGUUCCAACGACUUCAAUGUGAAGUUAAGGAGUUGUAUGAAGAAAUGAAUGAAUUGAAGGAAAAAUCUAAAGAUGAGCAAGAGGUUAAAUCUGCUAGCGAGAUCAUUUCUCAGGCACGGCAGAUAGAAACACAGUUGGUUUCUUUGAAACUAGAGGAAUGUUUAGGGCCUGAUAUAGUUGCAAGUUUAUCAGAUCCACAAGGCACUAUACUCAAACAAUUGGUAUCACAGAUAGAAUUGUUUAAGCAAACCAGCGUACCACCAUCCAAGUCGGAAGAUAACAAAACAGAUGAAUCAGUUGAACCUGGUGUUCUUAAGUACCAGAUGAUGUAUUUGCCAGAAAAGGCAAGAAUGCAGGAAGCUGCUAGAGUCGCACAGCUCGAACAAAGACUCUGCUGCUUGGAAAAUAUCAUAGGAACGAGCAAUGACAAGCUCUCGAAAUUCUCACAGAACCUCAAGUGUAAUGGCAUAAUGGAAGUCGUACAACAAUUAGAAGCAAAAGCUUCAUUGUUAGACGUUAAUCAAUUAGAUACUAUUGAAACGAGAUUAGGCACUUUGAUCUACCGAAUGGAUAGCAUUGCACACAAAAAAGCGACGACGGAACAAGAAUCGGAGCAAGAGCAAAAGAUCUCGGAGAUGUAUGAAAUAAUGAAGAAAACAGAUGCUAUAUCACAAGUAUUACCGCAAACAGUAGAGAGAUUACUGGCAUUAAGUGAUAUUCAUCAACAAGCUGCUGCCUUCAAUAAAUCUUUAGUAAAAUUAGAAGAACUGCAAGUGGAUAUAGCGUCGGGAUUGGAAAGUAACAAGUCUCUGCUGAAGGGAGUGCAGGAGAGUUUUGCCUCCAAUAUGGAGAUCAUAAAGGGCAACAUAGCGUUGCUCGACGAACGUAUCAAAAAACUUAAUAAAUCGUCAAAGUAAAGAUAUAAAAUCUAGUUUGAGGAUAGCUAGAUUAACUUACAAAAAUCGCUUUACUCGGAGUAUCUAUACUCCAAUGAUGUUAAAUUAUUGUUUAUUUAAUGUGAUUUAUAAAUUCUAUAUAUCUUACUUUGUACCAUGAUCAUAUUUUGUCAUUAUUAAAUACUAUACUAUAAUAUAAUUACUGAAGUAACAAAAGCCUACUAAUGUCAUUUAGAUACAUAAUGCACAAACGCGAGAAAUAAAACUUCAUUAUAAAAACACGCAAAUUAAAAUAAAAACUGGAAUUUCA